AUGUCCACCGACCAGGACACCUUCACCUUCCUGCCCCUGCACAUGGACCCGCAGUCCAAGGCGAUAAGCGCGGCGCACCCGUCCACCUCAUCCCGCGCGCUGGCCCAGGAGCUCGAGACGCUGAACGCGCUGCACCGCUCGCUGCUGUCGCUGGACCACCCAGCAGUGGUCCCACCCCCGCCGGUGCCGGUGCACCCGAAGCGGUCCAACAACAUCACGAAGCUGAAGGAGAGCGGCAACAAGGCGUUCAAGGAGGGCAAAUACGCCGAGGCGAUCAAGUUCUACACGCUCGGGGUGCAGAUGGCGCUGACGCGGCCGGCGUGGGAGCCCGCGGGCCUCAUCCGCGACGAGAGCGCCAUGCUCCUCGCCAACCGCGCCCAGGCGCACAUGGAGCUGCGGGACUGGGUCGAGGGGAGCGCCGAUGCCGAGGCUAGCGUCGAGGCCAAGAAGGUCGGGAACCCCAAGGCGUGGUACCGCCGCGGCAGGUGCCUGUUCGAGAUGGGCCGGUACGAGGAGGCGCGCGACUGGGUCGGCAAGGGGCUGGAGAUGGAGGGCGAGGACGCGGAGCUGGCUAAACUGCUGAAGGAGAUCGAGGCCAAGCUGCCCAAGUAA